UAUCUGCAAACGAAUGUAAUGUUUGCAUUGGUCCGCAGUGGCGGUGGCAGCUAUCUCCGCGCGCUCUAAAUAUAAACUCGAGUGGCUCGAGUGCUUCGUAAAUUUAGCUCGCGAUGCGCGCGCGCGUUUGAAACAAUAUGCGCGCGUGGUUAAAAAUACUGGUGACACACACAACAACGCUGCUCUCGCGGUCGCGCUCGCGAUUCCUGAUCCUGCGGACGGCGGCUUCCGUAAACAAGUUUAAUGAAUCUACAGUAUAACACGGUGGAGUAACUUGUCAAAAGGUAAACAUACCAUCCACACACACACACACACGCGCACACACGCACCAGCUGAUUGGGCGUGCGCAGUGGGGACAAAACGCGAGUGUAAAAACAGUAAAAUAAAAAACUAAAACACAAGAAACAACGUGCGGCGGGCCGUCGGUGGGAGUCGUUACAGUUGGUUUGCGCACAUUUUUCCAACUGCGACACAUACACACGGGCGCCGAUACACGCGAAACGUGCCCGUGCAAGAUGCCCACUAUCUGCACAUCGCGUUGUCGUUGCUAACUCGCUACGUAAAAAACAAGUCAGGCACAAGAUACAAGAGACACGAGGAAGUAAGCAGGAAAGCAAGCAGGAAAACUAUUAUAAAACUCAUCACCACGCACGUUUUGGGCUUUGGAGGAAUCCAAUUGGAGGAUUAGACAGCAGCGCUUGAACGUCAACAUGUUGUUGUCCUGCAAGUGCCUCAAUGUCCACCUUGAUGUGGAUGCUGAUGAUGCUGGGCUGCUUAACUUGAAUAACCUGCAGCUGGGCGAUGGACUGGCCCAGGAUGUGUUUUUUAAUCAGGACAUAAGACAGGUUCUAAGACUGUCAAAAGUCACAGAGAUGCUUCCGAUGCUCGUGCAUCACCGAACAAUUGGCAAUUGGUCAUUCGGGCAGUGCUUAAACUGCAGCCAACACACGCAUGCCAUUAUGACAGGAGCAAAAGGUGCCACACUUGUUUUGGUCAAUUCUGCUUUACUAACUAAUCCUGAAAUAGAAGCUCUAAAGAAACAUAUUUCUUAUUCAAAAGUUUACAAAGUGAUGGUUUAUGAGACUACUGAGGCUGAACGACGCUAUGACUAUCUUCCAGCCGAGGUGGAAAAAACCCUCCGAGUGCUGAAACAAAAGGCCGAUGACAGCAUCCACGUGGAAACCAUCAACUCCGAGGAGCGGAUACGUUUCUACAGUGAUCAACAAGCGCAAUUACUUGAGGAUUUCAAGGAUAAAGCGCGAGCUGAUCACAAAACACUCAUGCGCGUGUUUCUGAAACAUCAGCCUAUGCAAACAUCGGUGCAAUUACAGCCAUCGCACAGCACCGGCGCUGUGCCGCGCCGCAGUCUCAACGACGCCAACAAACUCGAUGAGCAUGUCAAGGCGUCGUCGCUACGCAAAGUACCUGACGAUUUUGAUCGGAUUAAGACACCGUCGCCGCAACACAAAGUGCUCACUAUACAAGAUGAUGCGCCAUCCAUGCGCAAACAACCGCUGCAAAAGAAAAACUCAUUGGACACUGAGUGUCUGUUUGAUAUUGAGGGAAUGGAUGAUGAUGAGGAUUCACUGGUGGCGGAUACUUCCGAUGGGGAGGAUAAUGGUAUCCCUAUCAAACAGAACCGCCAUGCGCGUAGACAAAGCGAACAGGAUUACAGCAUUGCCAAAUCUCUGCCGAUGAAUAUUCCUGUUUAUAUUUCAGCGUUACGGCCACAUCUUAACGACGAUUCGGAUGAAGAUGUGCAAUCAGAAAAAUCAAAAGACAUUGCAGCAAGCAUUCAGGCGCUGGCAAGGAGUGUAAAUGGCGACACUGUGUUCGGUGAUUUGCCUCGUCCACGCUGCAGGACGAAUAUCAUGUAGCUAGACGCCUGCCUCGACGCGGACGACCCCUACUCCGACGACGCGGCGUGAACUAAAAACCUAACCUCACAACCACCACAUCAAUACCACAACCGCCACAAACCAUGAUCAUGGAUUGAAUUUUUAUCGAUGUCUAAUUGAAGAUCAUCUUAUUCGAGCUUCCAGGAAUUCAUCGUAGCGCAACGACACUUUUUACUAAUAGAAUUUAUACAGUUUUCUUUGGACUCGCGUUAUUUCUUGCGUUUUUUUUCUUCUUUGUUUUUUGUUACUUUUUUUGUCUGCUUCUAAACUAGAAACGUGGCGCGCACAUGAUGGUGAUUAAUGAUGAUAAUGAUUGAUUAAUUAAGUGUGGAGGGAUGCGACAAGAGACAUAUUAGUUGUACGUUACAAUUAAACAAAGAUAUAUUCUUGUUUUUAUACGUUCUAAGAAAUAUCUAAUAUCUACGAUUCUCAAUAAUAAAAAAAGUGAAAGAAA